UAGGGAAAGAAAAAGUUGCCAAAAGCCAAGAGGAAAAGUAAAAACUAAGAAGUAGCAUCCCUUAUAGGAAUUUUGGGACGAAUAUCUAUACACAUUGAGUUUGAUCGGACAUUCUUCCUCAAGAGCCACUUCAAUGGAGAAGGCACAGCUCAUUGCGCGUUCUCAGACUGAUGAAUCCUUUCCUCCCUAUAAGCCCCUGUUCUCUUGUCCCCGUGGCCUUUCGCAUUCAGAGGUAUCGGUGUGUUUCGAUCCGAGAUACGAUAGGAUUCCGCAUCCCGAUAUUAACCUAGAAAAGUCAAUUUCUGAGAUAUGGGAUAAGAGGUUAGCAAAAAAUGCCUCAUUAUUCAACGGAACAAAGUUCAGGUAUGGAGGUUGUACGCUGCUUGAUGGCGGUGAAUCCAACCAGGAAACUCGUGUAUGCUUGUUCCUUGGAUUGACAGAUUAUAGGACUUUUGUUGGUACAAACUUAAAUCCUCUGUGGGAAAAGUUCCUCGCUCCAUCAGAAGAUGACAUUCAGUGUUGUCAACACACAUCUAGUCCGCUGGGUAAUGGAGCAGUUGUGGAGACAUCUGACAAGAAGAUAGUUGUGUUAAAAAGGAGUAAUAAUGUUGGGGAAUUUCCUGGGCACUUCGUUUUCCCAGGAGGUCAUCCAGAACCCGAAGAAGUUGGAAUAACUUCUCAUAGGAGCAGUGAGGACCUGAGAAACUCUGAAAUUAUUAACAAGCUUAUCUCUCAAGAGAUGUUUGACAGCAUUGUCCGUGAGGUGAUUGAAGAAAUUGGAGCUCCCGCUGAAUCUCUUAGCAGUCCUCUGUUUAUUGGUAUAUCCCGCAGGGAGUUGAAUGUUAGACCGGCUGCUUUCUUCUUCAUAAAAUGCAAUCUCGAGUCCUCUGAAAUCCAGAAAUUGUAUUCUAAUGCACAAGAUCAGUUUGAGUCAACCCAACUUCAUACAGUUUCAGUGACUGAUUUAGAGAAUAUGGCAUCUAAAAUGCCUGGCUGCCAUCAAGGUGGAUUUGCCCUCUAUAAGUUGAUGGUAGAAGCUUUGAGGAAUAUCUGAUGGUAGAACCUUUGAGGAGUAUCUGAUGGAAGUUCAUAACUGCUGGUCCACUGAAGUUGUCAGCCCUUAGUGUCUCAGAAAUUUUGGUAUUUUACUUUGCAAUUCAGAGCAAAACUUGAAGCCUACUGUUUGAUUCUUUACAUGACAUAUUGUUAGAUAUACGUAGAGACAUGAUUAUGCAAGAUGGUCUUAUCUUUGCAAAAGGAUGGCAGGUUCACUUGGUGACAUCAUUUUCUUUUGAUGAUGUGGAACCCUGAUGCGGGGCCAAUGUGUCCCAUAACAUUUAACCUUUAUUGGUUAAUAAUUCUUAGUAAUAUUCUUGCAUACAAUACUUGUAACAUAAACAUAAUAUAAGUCUUAUGUACUCAUGAUUGUAGUGGCACCUCAUAACAUCUUCAUUUGCUAAUUACAUGUGUGCAUGCAAGUAAGUACUCUUGUGUGUGUGUUUUUG